GUGGGACUCGUGCUGUAGCUGCCCUCCACCCAGGUGGUGGGUGGGACUCGUGCUGUAGCUGCCCUCCACCCAGGUGGUGGGUGGGACUCGUGCUGUAGCUGCCCUCCACCCAGGUGGUGGGUGGGACUCGUGCUGUAGCUGCCCUCCACCCAGGUGGUGGGUGGGACUCGUGCUGUAGCUGCCCUCCACCCAGGUGGUGGGUGGGACUCGUGCUGUAGCUGCCCUCCACCCAGGUGGUGGGUGGGACUCGUGCUGUAGCUGCCCUCCACCCAGGUGGUGGGUGGGACUCGUGCUGUAGCUGCCCUCCACCCAGGUGGUGGGUGGGACUCGUGCUGUAGCUGCCCUCCACCCAGGUGGUGGGUGGGACUCGUGCUGUAGCUGCCCUCCACCCAGGUGGUGGGUGGGACUCGUGCUGUAGCUGCCCUCCACCCAGGUGGUGGGUGGGACUCGUGCUGUAGCUGCCCUCCACCCAGGUGGUGGGUGGGACUCGUGCUGUAGCUGCCCUCCACCCAGGUGGUGGGUGGGACUCGUGCUGUAGCUGCCCUCCACCCAGGUGGUGGGUGGGACUCGUGCUGUAGCUGCCCUCCACCCAGGUGGUGGGUGGGACUCGUGCUGUAGCUGCCCUCCACCCAGGUGGUGGGUGGGACUCGUGCUGUAGCUGCCCCCGACCCAUUAACAACAACAACAACAUGGAGUCCGGAGUGAGUAUGCUUAUUGGAUUGCGUGCUGAACUCCAUAAGAAACGUGAGGAGGCAAGCAGGUUUGGAGCUGGACAGAGAGGACUACCUAGCAGGGAUGGAGAUAAGCCAACCAUAAAAUCAAAAACUUUGAAGUCCUCUAAUCCUGGAGUUAAUGCCAGAGCUGCUAGGGAUGAAGAACAAUUGGAAGAGGAGAAAAUAACUGAAGAAAAAGCAAGAUCCAUCUUGGAGAAGAAGGCUGCCAUGUAUGAGAGGCUACAUGGUGGAAUGGAAGCUCUGGAAGAUGAUACACUUAACCAAAGAUAUCUUAUUGACUUUCAGAAGAAAAUUGUGAAUGAUGUUUUGGAAAGAAAAAAGAUAUCUAGCUUGGAGGAAAAGAGAAGAGAAAAGCAAGGCAAGAAAGAAUCUGCCAGCACUGCUGAUUAUACCACCCCAGUAGAGGAAGAUAAGUGGGUGGAGUACACCGAUGCUUUUGGCAGAACUCGCGAAUGUAUGAAAAAAGAUUUACCGGAAAUGUUGGAACAAGACAAGAAACUUGCCAAGGACAUCAAUAAAGAUGAUACAUUGGAAGAACCUGAUCUUGGGUCGGAGGACGUUCGUCGAGAGAUUCAGCGACAGAAAUGGGAACAGAUGGAGGAACGUAAUGCCCUUAAGAAAGAUUUACAUUAUCAAGAUGUUCUCUUUGAUGAGGCACGAGUGCACGGUGCUGGCUUUAUGAAAUUCUCUAGUGAUGAAAAAAGGAGAAAGGAGCAGAUGGACUUGCUGAAAGAGUUCCAGAACGAGACGCAGCAGGGAGAGGCUGCAAAGUUGGCUGCUACAUCUAAACAACAAAAGCUGCUAAGUACUCGCCUUGAAAAGGUUCGCCAGAGAAAAAGACUGAAGAUGGGGUUACCCAUUAAAGAAGAUAAGCUGAAGACCCCACCUGUAUCUGAUGAUGAAGCAACUGGUCCACCACCCGUACUGAAAACAUCAGAAGACACACCUGAUGUUGUACAUAUAGAUCAAACAGAAUCAAAGAAGAAGCCCUCAGUAAGAGAAUGGGAUUUUGGAAAGGAAGGCGUGACUGCAGUUCUGUCACAGGAGGAAUGGGUAGAUCGCCAACGAACAGAGAGAAAUAAUGAAUUUGCCCCACCCUCUUUCUACGAUUCUCAUAAGAAACGUCAAUCUAGUCAACAGGAGCGGUCUAGAGCACUCCCAUCUUUCAAUACACACAAUGAAUAUGCCUCAAAGUUUCAUUGUCAUUCACAAUCACAAAGCCAGAAUGAUUAUGGUAGUCAAUUGUUAGAUUCUGAUCAAAUGGAUACUAGUGUAGAUAAUAGCAAUAGAUAUCACAAAACAGAGAGAAAGUCUGAAUUUGCACCACCUUCCACCUAUGAGUACUAUGGACCUUCUGGGUAUAAAGGUAAAAGACGCGGUGCUGUUCGUCAAGAAGCGGCCGUGGAGAAUGCAAUUAUUAAGGGACUGGCUCACUUGAGGAAAAUGAAUGAUAAGUAACAUUGUAGAAAUUAAUACAUUAUAUCUUUUAACAAAAUUUAUCUUUAAAUAAUUUUUUAAGGUGAGUAAAUAUACACUACAUCUUCUUGAGGUUUUCACAAGAUAAUUUUGGGGCUUAUCUUCCCCACGGCCCGGUCCUUGACCAGGCCUCCUUUUUGUUACACAUCCCCAGGAAGCAGCCCGAAGAAGCUGUCUAACUACCAGGUACCUAUUUACUGCUAGGUGAACAGAAGCAUCAGAGUGAAAAACUGCCCAUUUGUUUCCGCCUCCACCGGGUAUCGAACCCGGAACCUCAGGACUACGAAUCCGAAGCGCCAUCCACUCAGCAGUCAGGCUCCAAUCUCUCACAUACAUGUGAGAGAUUAUAUGUAAAAUUAAGAGGUGUAAGACUAGCACAUUAAGGAUUAACUGUUGUAAUAUUUAAUAUUUCCCAAUUUAGCACUGAAUACAUGUACAGCUUCAUGUUUAAGACACUUGAAUAUUAUAUGUACCCAAGAUAUUUAUAAAAUAUAAAUUUACUAUUAA